CUCGGCGACCCGCGUUCUGGAGAAAAUGAAAGGUCUUGUUCGUGCGUCUUUUGGUGGUGAAAACCCCGUGUGUCGAUGUGCAUUCUCCGUCGGCUGCUCACGACCGCUUGAAGAACUUGAUCGGCGGCGCAGGCUUAAUCGUACUUGAGAUUGGAAAGAUUUGUGUCACAAAGUCCAAAACAAAAGCACCGUUUCAUGCAGCAAAGGGUGUGCGUGCGUGCGCUCGCGCGUUGCUCUGUCCUCGUAAUCUCCGCCGCCCUUUUUAACUUGUUCUUUCUGUGAACGUUGCGCGGACAGAAGGAGCGAGAGGACAAGGAAGACUCGCCCUAGAUUCCUGAAGUUGACUUUUCAGGCGGCGACAGCACGCUGAAGUUGCCCGGAGAACCCGCAGAUGGCGCUGAACUGGGGAUUUUACGCAUCAAGGCGCUGAGAUGCUCUGACCAUGAGCGGCAUAGGAGACAACUCGUUGGAGCCGCUGUGCUCGGACCGCAAACGCAAACUGUCCACCUGCGACGCGCCGGGCAUCGGGUGUGACAAGCGUCGGCGGGAACAGGAGACCAAGUACAUCGAGGAGCUGGCCGAGCUCAUCUCCGCCAACCUCUCGAACAUCGAUAGCUUCAACGUGAAGCCCGACAAAUGCGCAAUCCUCAAGGAGACCGUGCGGCAGAUCAGACAAAUCAAAGAGCAAGGCAAAAACUCUUGCAGCGCCGACGAUGUCCAGAAGGCGGACGUGUCCUCCACCGGUCAAGGGGUCAUUGACAAAGACCACCUGGGACCCCUGCUUUUACAGGCCCUGGACGGUUUUCUUUUCGUGGUGAACCGGGAGGGAAGCAUCGUGUUUGUGUCGGACAACGUGACGCAAUACCUUCAGUACAAGCAGGAGGAGCUCAUCAACACCAGCGUGUACAACAUCAUCCACGAUGACGACAGGGAGGCCUUCCACAAGAAUUUGCCCAAAUCUGCCGGUCCAAACGGGGGCUCGUGGGCGGGAGAGGCGCCCAGACAGAAGAGCCACACCUUCAACUGUCGCAUGUUGGUCAACUCGCUCCACGGUCACCGGCGCGGCUCGUCAGAGGACAGAGGCGGCGGGCAGCGCUACGAGACCAUGCAGUGCUUUGCCCUCACGCAGCCCCGGGCCAUGAUGGAGGAAGGGGAAGAUCUCCAGUCAUGUAUGAUCUGCGUGGCCCGACGCAUCACGGCACUCGAGAGGACGGAGCGCUUCAGCACGCGUCACGAACUGUCGGGUAAACUGAUUGAAAUUGAGCAGCACAGCACUCUUCACACCAGCAUGCGCCCCGGUUGGGAGGACCUGGUGAGACGCUGCAUCCAGAUGUUCCUCAGCCGCAGCGACGGGCAGCCCUGGUCGUACAAACGCCACUAUCAAGAUGCGUUCCACACUGGCCACGCAGAGACGCCCCUCUACCGCUUCUCCCUGGCCGACGGCACCCCCGUCACAGCCCAGACGCGCAGCGACCUCUGCAGGAAUCCCAACGGCAACGAGCCCCUCUCCUUUCGCUCCACACACUUGCUUCAGAGGGAGCAGAAUAGCUACCGCGGCACCCAAGUGGGGGGCGUCAGGCCUCAAGGCAACCAACAGAUGAACGCGGCGCUGUCCGGCGGAGGCAUGAACUUGCCCUAUGGCAUGGCAGAGCAGGGGAGGGGGGCGCCCGCUUACCGCAUCAAUCAAAUGAACCCCGCGCAUGCCAUGAACGCCAUGGGUCCCAUCCAUCCCAUGAGUUCCAUGGGCGCCGUCAACCAAAUGGGGCCGGCGGGCCACCACGGCGGGCAUCAGCACCAACAUCAACAGAUGGCUUCGUUCCACGGGGGUGGACCUGGAGGCGCCGCGUACGGCAUGGGCGUGACCAGUCCCCCCCCGCUGGCCAGUCCCGGCAUCAACAAUGUCAUGGCUUCGCCCCGACUCCGAGGAAGUCCCAAGAUGGCCACCGGCCCCUUCUCUCCCGGAGGUCUGAAUUCUCCCAUGAGCUGCGGUCACCCGGGCAACUCGGGAGGCGGCGCCGCCGCUUUCUCCAGCAGCUCCCUGAACGCCCUGCAAGCCAUCAGCGAGGGGGUGGGCAACGCGCUGGCGUCCCCGAGCGCGCACAAGCCCGACAGCAGCUCGCCCGCCGUCAAUUCCACCAACCAGGCGGCGGGCGCGGCCUGCAAAUCCGGCCCCCCCUCCCACUGCGAGUCCAAGAGCCCGGGGAGCUCCCUGGGGGCGGCGGCCGAGCAGCAUCCCCGCGCCCCCUCCGGCCAGUGCGCUUCUUCGGACAAAGCGGACAGUCAGGCGGCCAGAGAGGCGGGGCCAAACCCGGGAGAAUCCAAUCGCCGGGCGCCCGACAAAAGCCACAAGAAGCUUUUGCAGCUCCUCACAUCCCCGGCGGACGAGCUGGUGCCGACCAAACGGCCCCCGAGCUCCGGGCCCGGUUCCGCACCGGAUGUCAAAGACGCCGCCGCCGCCGGCGUCGCCAGCCCUUCCUCCUCGACCGGCGCGCCUUCCUCAGCGGGCGGCGGUCACGCUGCCGUGUCCUCCUCCGGCAACGCGGGCCACUUCGUUAGCCAGUCGCUGCAGGAGAAGCACAAGAUUCUCCACAAGCUCCUGAAAAAUGGCAACACUCCGGACGAGGUGGCCCGCAUCACGGCCGAGGCCACCGGCAAGAGUAGCUCGGAGUCGCCCGGCGCGUCAGAGGCGGCGUCCGUCGCCGGGGGCCGGCCGGCCGAGUCCAAGCAGGAGCGGCACAGUCCCAAGAAGGAGGUGUCCCGCGCGCUCCUUCACUACUACCUGCUGAAUAAGGACGAGGGUGGCGAUAUCAAGCCCAAGCUGGAGGAGCUGGAGGCCAGGGGGGCUCCGGGGCACCCCGGGGUCUCCAGCUCCGACGGCCACCCGCCGGACGGCAAGGUCAAGGCCGAGCCGUCCGAUGAGGCGGAGACCCUGGAGAGCAUCCUCGGGACCAGGAACGUUUCGGCUUUCUUCCCCGAGCCCGAUUCCAGAUCGGGAAAUGAAGUGGGCAACAAACAGGGAGCACUCCCCGACAGUUUCCUCGAAAGAGAUCGAGGCGCCGCCACUCCGGCUCAGCGAGGUGCCUGUCAAAGAGCCUCGUCUGUGGAUGCCAAGCCGACGGGCGGGGAGGUGCCGCUGGGGGUCGGCUCGGCUGGAAGAAGGAAUGUGCUCUGUCCCGCGCUCAUCAAGCAAGAGAACACAGAUGCACCCAUCCGACCUGGGGGGGUUCCCAAUGGCUUUCCCGGCGCGUGUCCGCCCAGAGGCCAGCCAACAAGAGGCGUGGUCCGAGGGGCGGGAACGCCUCAGCGCCCUCCGACAGCGGGGCCGGGGGACUGGCUCAUGCAAAGGUCAAACGCCGGCCCCGUGGGCGCACCGGGUCACCCGGGCGUGGGUCGCUCGGGUCUCAUGGCCGGAGCCGUGCUCAACCGCUCCAACAGUGUACCCGCAAACACCAGGUCCAUCCUGCAGCAGCAACUUCUGGAGAUGGGUACCAACGAAGGCAACGUGAGUAUGAGCCCGUUUGGCGGGCACGGGCCCUCGCCCCGGUCCCCUUCCUGGCCAGAGUCUGCCAUGGCGAUGGAAAGAUCACAGAGUAAUCCAAGCAGGGAACCAUUUGGCAAUUCGCUGGCGCAGCUGGCGUGCCCCGCGGCGAGCGGCGAGGGACCCAGUGACGAGCGGGCGCUUCUGGAUCAGCUGGACUCUCUGCUGAACACCGCCGACGUCAUUGCGUUGCAGGAAAUAGACCGGGCCCUGGGCAUCCCUGAAAUAGUGGGCCAGAACCACGGACCUGAGGGUCAUCCGCAGGCCCACGAUCAAGGACAGUCUCAAGCGGCCCCCUCGGAGUCUUUCACGGGGCCCGACUCGAGCGUCGGCUUGGAGCAAAAGCCCGCGUAUGGCCAAGGCUAUCCCGGGCCGCCGGGACCCGCCUCCAUGGGCAUGCGGCCCGCUUACGGCGGCAACGGCGUGCCGAGCCAAUCUCCCGCGGGAUACAACCCCUUGAUGAACCAAAUGGGCCAGGCCGGAAGCUUCCCGGGAAUGGGCGGCAUGGCGGGUCUGGGUAACCCCCGUGCCAGCAUGAUGAGACCCCGCAUGAUGACUGCCAGCAAGCCCCUUCGACUGCAGCUACAGCAGAGGCUUCAAGGACAACAGUUUAUGAACCAGACGCGUCAAGGCAUGAAGAUGGAAGGGAAUCCGGCCAUGCGGCCUGCCAUGCGCCCCGCCAUGCAACCCGGCAUGCAGCCCGCCAUGCGACCCGGGAUGCAGCCCGGAGGAAUGAGCGGUCAGCCUGGUUUCCUGAACGCUCAGAUGAUGGCCCAGCGCAGCAGGGAAGUGAUGACCAUGCAGAUGAGGAGGCAGCGAAUGAUGAUGCUGAUGCAGCAGCAGCAGCAGCAGCAGAUGCAGGCGGCGCAGGGGGCUGCCGCAGGAUUCAGCCCUCCUCCGAAUGUCACCGCACCAGGAGGAAUGGACAGCGCCAUGGGGGGGCCCGUCAUCAACCAGCCAGGACAGCAGGGAUUCAACUAUGGAGCAAACUAUGGCAUGAACCAACAGGGAGAGCAAUCGUUCAUGGCUCCCAGUAGCAGCCCACCGCAAAAUAUGAUGACGGCGAGGAUGGGCGGUCCCGCUCAGAGCAACAUGAUGUCAGGAAUGCAAGGAAAUCCACAGGGAGGCUCCAUGUAUCCGUCAGGAGACAUCAAGGGCUGGCCGCAAGGUGGAAUGCCACGCAAAAGCUCGUAUCCCCAGCAACAGUUUGCGCAGCAGGGGAACCAGGGCCAGUUUGGGAACAUGAUGAUGAACAACUCCCUCGGCAGAAGCGGCGCAGUCGGCGGUGCCGGCUCGGCCCAAAUGGGCCAAAUGCCGGGCCAGAUGCAAAAUCAAAUGCAGGGCCAGAUGCCGCCGGGACCAAUGCAGGGCCAGAUGGGCAUGAACCCCAUGGGAAUGGGUCGGAUGCCGAUGGGACCCGAUCAGAAGUAUUGCUGAGGGCAUGAGCAGAACACGGUGAGCCUCGCCACCAAGGUGUGGGCCCAGAGAACAUCUAAACAUUAUUCUCCAGCAUCAAACAUGAACGACAUGGACACAACACACUGCUCAUCCUCGGGAUGAAUUUGUGCCAGGUUGUAUCUCCAACUGGAGCUUUGCACUCUCGUGUUAGGAUGCGCGUGCGUGCGUGCGUGUAAGACUUGGAGAUGGCAGGCAGUGUUGAGCAAAACGGGGAGCGACGGUACAACGGGCUCUGACUGCACUUUACUUGGAGGUUUCUGGAUGGAAAACCAUUGAUGCAAUAUUUCCUCAUCUUUACAGCCUUAUGAGAAAUUUGAUGCCUUCGCAACAAUGGCUUUCUUUUUUGAUAUCAUUUUUAUGGUUGCUUUUUUCUUGUUGUUGUUGUUUUAUUUGUUUGUUUUUAAUUGUCUGGAUGCGCCUCAUGCAAAAGUCAUUGGAAAAUAGAAGCACACUUUCUUCCGGUAUGCAGAUUGGAGCAAUAAUUUCCAUGUUUUCGUCUGUAAGUGAGCAUCUCAACCUCUGUUCUAAACAAGCAAACGGUACUGCAGUAUUAGAUGUCUCAAACAUCAUCUGUGAAUAGCAAUUGUACAUAUUUGACAAAAUGUAUCAACCCUGAUUUUUUUCAAGGCUUAUUAUUGCACAAAGAAUGAGAUUGGUUUGUGUUUUGGGGGUGGGGGGGUCCACGAUGUCACAGCCGAUUUUUUUUUUUUCUUCCUUUCACGCCUUUCCAAAUAUUACAGGUCUGACGGGACAUCCCUUCCUUCCUUCGUCUUCCCCCUAAGCCCCUCCCACCCCCACGCUUUAAACGCUGUAAUUAUUUUUUUUUUCUGCGAAUGUGUGUAUUUCAUGUCUUUGCGAGGCACUUUUAAUCGUGACAAGGAUCUGAUGAACUGAAGGCUCGAGCUUUUGGAUUAUGCUCUUGGAAAGUCUUUUUGGACCGUCAGUCACGUUCAAGCUGUUGUGUCAGGUGACGUGCGGGAUGAGCUUUGGUGGUGCGUUUCACCGCAGUAUAACGAGGACAUCAACAAACACAAAAUGGGCAGUUCAUCAUGCCUCCGGUCCUCACGUUGUUCUCCUUCCGGCUUCCUCUUUCUGUGGAGCAUAUUUUAUUUUAUUUGGGUGUUUUGUUUAGUUUUUAAGCCAUUUUGUCAUUUUCCAUUGGACUCUUAUUCUGCUCAAUCUACCUUUUCAAAAAGCGCAAUCCAAAGAUAGUUUUCCACAUCUUUGUAUAGUUUUUAAGGAUUUGGGUGUACAUUUUUAUGAUAUAUCAUUGGGGUUUUUUUUAGAUGGUAAAAUGGGUACAUAUCAUACACCUGUAAACGCAUAUGAGGGUGAUAUAUUUUAGUCAUAGGCGGGACGUUGAAGUUGUUCGGGGCUCUGUGCGGGAAGGAUUUAGAAAUUCCCCGCCGCACAGUUUUUUGUAAAAUGCAAAUAAGCAAGGUUGAAUUCCUCUCAUAUCGAUAGCGCAAAGCCAACUUCAUUCGAUGCCCAGAUUUUACUACUUUGGUGGAAAAGAACUUUGUAAAAUCGAAUGAAGUGCAAAGCGAUGCAAAAGAACAUGAAUAGCUUUGUUAUUUUACAGGAUGUAUAUUACGGGGUGGGGGGGCGGGUUCAGUUGUUGAUAUUGAUGUAAAUACAAAAUUCUAUUUAAACACGUUGAUUGCGAACUUGUGAUUAUCAGCGGGCACAUCAGCUGGUAUAUUAUGUUUACAAAAUAAACAAACGAAACCAC